CUAUUAUUUUGCUUGACGUUCUUCCUUCUUGCUCUUGUCAUACAGUUUGGGGAUGUCUUUUUAUGUAGGCAAAUGUUACAACUGAUAGUAAUGAAGGAUAUCUGCAAGAAUCCAAGAUAAAUAAUUUUUCGAACGUUGAUUAUUAUUCGACGGCUACUUUUUCGGAAGUGGUCCAUCGCGAACAGAAAGAGAAAGGGGGUAACUGUAUAUUCGCCGAUGCUUUAUCCGCAAUUGUCAUGUCGUUGUAUUGUUUCUGUUGACGGUUAAUUAUUAAAUAAUCAACUAUGAAAUGCUGGUUGACAAUUAGUCUUAAGUCGUUCAGUGUUUUGCCUUGGGAGUGGUUGGUUUUGCGAGCAUCAUUUGGCACCCCCCCAAAAAAUACAUAUUUCUCAACGACAGACAUCCACCCAUGGUCGUGGUACGCGCAGACCACCUGACCUAUGUUUUUAGUUUUGCCAAUUGUUUUUAUUGGAUAUAACAAACUUCUGUGUUCCGGACAUACACCCACAGGCAUCACUGGACCACACAUAAUUGCUUUCUAAAAAAUAUUUUUAGUAUAGUAAUGGUGCGAUAGUUAGAAUAAACCCAUUUUGGUUUAAUUUUAUUUCCAUAAUGAAGCACAGCAUUGAUGCCUUUCUUCACAUGAAGAAUCAGCCAAACAUGAAGUGGAUAGCCUAGUAAGUAGGCUAUUCAGACAGUUUUCUAGACAAUUGUCUGUAUAAUUUCGUGUUCGGUGCUGCCCUUUUACAAUAAAAAUGAGUAUUGUUUGAGGAUACAAUUCUGUCUCACUGCUCUCGAACCUGGGGUUGCCGGUAGGAUUGGCGUCUAUUGCCUUUGAACACUGGCUAGGCGGUGGAGCGGCCAAUGUCGACUGUUAACCUCGGUAGAAUAUAACGUUAAUCCUGUACAUACCUACAUACAAACCAAAUUGGCAUUUAGUCUAAUAGAAAGGAUACCUCAGGGACAAUGUCUUCUCGUGCAGCACUACCUGGGAACGAGCGGAAAUCGGACCUCCAUACCUCUCUCUCGACGAGCCGCUCUGAGAAAAGCACCGGUUGGUCGAGCAGAUCACUCGGAGCACGAUGCAGGAACUCUAUCGCCUCAUGUUCGGACGAGCAGCCGCACAUUGGCAACUACCGUCUGCUCAAGACCAUCGGCAAGGGCAACUUCGCCAAGGUCAAGCUGGCCAGGCACAUCUUGACGGGCAAAGAGGUUGCAAUAAAGAUCAUUGACAAAAACCAGCUCAACCCGACCAGCCUACAGAAGCUCUUCAGAGAGGUACGGAUCAUGAAAGGCCUCAACCACCCAAAUAUCGUGCAGCUGUUUGAGGUGAUCGAGACAGAGAAUACGCUCUAUCUGAUAAUGGAGUACGCCAGUGGGGGUGAAGUGUUUGACUACCUCGUGUCCCAUGGGAGAAUGAAAGAGAAAGAGGCUCGGGCCAAAUUCCGUCAGAUUGUGUCUGCUGUACACUACUGUCACCUGAAGAACAUUGUUCACAGGGACCUUAAAGCGGAGAACCUCUUGCUGGAUGCCGACUCCAACAUCAAGAUUGCAGACUUUGGCUUCAGUAAUGAGUUCACCAUGGGCAACAAGUUGGACACGUUCUGUGGCUCCCCUCCCUACGCCGCACCGGAACUGUUCCAGGGGAAGAAGUACGACGGGCCCGAGGUGGACAUCUGGAGCCUGGGGGUCAUCCUCUACACUCUGGUCAGCGGAUCACUGCCCUUCGACGGGCAGAACCUCAAGGAGCUGCGGGAGCGUGUUCUGCGGGGGAAGUACCGCGUGCCUUUCUACAUGUCCACCGACUGCGAGGGCAUCCUGCGCAGGUUCCUGGUGCUCAACCCCACCAAACGCUGCACCCUGGAGCAAAUCAUGAACGACAAGUGGAUUAACUCUGGCUACGACGGAGAAGAACUGAAGCCUCAUAUAGAGCCCCUGGAGGACCAUAAUGAUGCCAGCCGCAUCGAGGUGAUGGUGGGGAUGGGUUACACCCGUGACGACAUCAAAGACGCUCUGACCACUCGGAAGUACAACGAGGUCACUGCCACAUACCUGUUACUGGGACGCAUGAAUGAGGUGGAGGGCAGCGAGUCUCGGUCAACCAGCAGUCUGAGCCUGGCGCGGGUACGGCCCAGCACCGUCAUCAACGGCACCAGUAAACACUCCACCUCCUCCACCACCUCCGCCUCAGCCUCCUCCUCCUCUCACAGCAAGACCACCCAGCGCAGCGCCUCCACCUACCACCCCCGCAGGAGGCACAGUGACUUCUGCGGUCCAGCAGCGCCCCCAUCCCAUCCCAAGCGUAGCCCCAGCAGUGUGGCAGGGGCAGACAGGGAGCUGAAGGAGGAGGGGGGGCGCAUGGCGUCCCGGAAGGUCAGCAGCAGUGUGGUGGGCAGCCGUUCCAUCCAGCCUCCCUCCAGCCCCAUGGUCAGCAGCGCCAACAACCCCAACAAGUCAGAGAUCCCCGACCGCCGCAAGGAGAUUAUCACCGCCACGAACAACGUCCCAGCAAGUGCCAUGAUCCGCCGGAACACAUACGUGUGCACCACGGACCGGAACAGCACAGACAGGCCCUCCCUGCUGCAGAACGGCAAGGAGAACAGCUCCAUUUCCCAUCGGCUGCCCCCGGCCUCGCCCUCUACCCACAGCAUCGCUGGGGCCUCGGGGACCUCCUCCUCCGCGGGCUCCCGCCUCACCCGGGGCUCCAGCAUCCGCAGCACCUUCCACGGUGGCCAGCUGAGGGACCGGCGGCCUCCCUCCCACGCCCCUCCCACCUCCCCCACCCUGUCCCACGACGCAAGCCCCCUGCCCCACGCACGUACCCGCGUCACCUCCAACCUGUUCAGCAAGCUCACCUCCAAGCUCACACGCAGGGUCAAUCUUGACCCCUCUAAGCGUCCCAACUCAAACAAGUCCGUCUCGGGCUGCACUCUUCCGCAGGGAUCAAAAACAGUUAGGUCACAGACGAACCUGAGAGAGUCUGCAGAUCUCCGGUCACAAGCCUCGGCUGCACAGUCUCUGGUCAGACAGUCUCUGGUUAAAUCCAGCAGUCGCCAUCUACCUGGGCAUCAAAAAGCGUCAGAGCCCCGGACCCCCCGAUGCGGCUGGGAUGUGAGGGUGCGGAGUCCGCGGGACCCGGCGGAGGUGGUGCUGGCACUGCGCGAGGCGGCCCAGGGCUGCGGCUGCCAGGUCCACCUGGCUGGGCCCUUCCUGCUCUCCUGCACCCACGGGGCGGCCGGCUCACGCGUGGCCUUCGAGGCUGAGGUGUGCCAGCUGCCCGCCGGUCCAGCCGAGACCAGCGGCGUGCGCUUCAAACGCCUGUGGGGGGCGCCGCUCGCCUUCCGGGAUAUCGCCACAAAAGUGUCCAAAGAUCUGGAGCUCUGAGGGCAACAGGGGGUGGGGCAGAGGGCUUCUACACUGGACAGACUGACCGAGGGGGCGGGAGAAGGAGACAGACUGAACCCGCUACCCCCACUGCCAACCUCGCCUCACCCCCGCCAAAGACCCGCUUCUGGUGCCACAAGGACACGCAGGCACACCGGCACGGACGGCCCGGCCCCACCACUCACAGACCUAUGACCUAUGAACCCUGCUAAGGCACCUCAAUAUUAUGUGAAUCUAGGGAGUCAAGCAGUUCUUUUUUAAUUCCAUAUUUGCAGAUUAAGAUAUUUUUCGUCAACGUAGUUAUGAUUAUAUUAUAUUUGUUGUCAUUCCUUUUUAACAGCUGCUAUUUAAAAGGUUUUUAAUAUUGUUUUUCUUUUCUUCACUUCAAUGAGCAAUUGACAGACUGAAUGCAUAUUUAAGAAACAAGGGGCCAGCCCUUUCCUAGACAGAACUCCAGGCUAUAGAGCAGGGGUGUCAAACUCAUUUUGCCAUGGACGCCACAUUCGUUCUUCAACGAGGUCCGGCCGGUCAAAAUUGGCAUAAAAUAGUCUAUCCACCCUAUCCAUAAUUUUUUGCAUUUUUGAUGCAAAAACGGUCUAGCUUUCAUUUCAGUUAUUAUUAACAAUCUGGACACAAUCAAUAAACUGUAUGAAUGUAGGUCCAUUAUCUUAUCAUUUCUACACAGUUUCGAUUUGGCUGUAAUCAUUUUAAAAUAUUUUCAAAAUCAAAUUUUAUUUGUCACAUGACCUUACUGUGAAAUGCUUACGUACAAGCCCUUAACCAACAAUGCAGUUUUAAGAAAAUACCUAUAAAAAAAAGUAAGAGAUAAGAAUAACAAAUAACUAAAGAGCAGCAGUAAAUAUCAGUAGCGGGGCUAUAUACAGGGGGUACCGGUACAGAUAUAUAAAAAAAUACUCAUUUUUUGUUGUUAUUUUUGUGGGGUUUUACUCAAACCCGCAGGCCAGAUUGGACCCCCUCGCGCACCGCAGGCCAUAUAUUUGACACCCCUGCUAUAUAGGGAUACAUGCCGAAAUACAGAGACGGACAACAACAAAAAAUUCUGUAAAACAAAUGCCAGACCCUUCUGCCCAUCCAUCGUCUGCUCAAUUCUGUACGACCCCAUCUGCUACUCUCGUCAAGUUUCAUUUUGUGUUUCGUAUAUACCAGAAUGUUGGUUGCUAAUGAGCAAGGCUGUCUGACUUCAAUGUCCAAAGCAGAGUAGGUGAUGACUGCUCUUCUGAGCCACUAACCUUUUGAUUUUCUGCGUUUCAGCAGGUAAUGUACACAAGCAUUCUACACGUUCUUCUGGUAACACUUUUGGUUUAGCAAUAUCACCUCUUGUAAUUGUAUUUCCUCUUAAAUGUUACAGCACAUCCACAGGGCCAAGAUUCCAAACUUGAUUUGAUGUAAGCUGUGUUUAGUAUUAUGUUGGGGAAUAUUGAUUGUCACAUUUCCACAAUCACAAUUUGGAUCACUUUUUAGUAUAAAAAGACCCAAGAUCGCAUAAAAAAGAAAAUGACAUCAACUCCUAAUUUUCUGCUCAAAAAGAAAAGGAUAUGAUUGAUCAAACAGACUAUAAUAACUACAGCAACGCUAGUUGAAUUGCAUUAACUAUUUAUGUCCAUUGAUUCCUUUAUCUGUAGUUCCCUGGAGGAUGAGUUCCGAAAUGCUCCUCAACACAGCCCUCGGCAACACUGAGCUUCCCUUCUGGUAGCCAAUCAGACUUCUGUAUUGCUGAGGGGGGUAGUUUAGAAUGUGACCCUGGGUGACCCUGACACUUCUAUAAAUGAACCAUGAUUCCAAGCUGCUCACAAGUCAGAUCCAAGUCAGGUAGAUAGUCACUCACUCCGGCCUUGACUGUUUGUCACUGGCUUUGAUUUGCACCAAUAUACAGUAAUGAUCCUUGUCGCCUGUCAGUGGGUCAUAGCAGCAGACAUGCCAGAACAUCGUUCCCAGUUGCUGCAGUGGGCUCUUCUAGUUUAGAUCUCUCAACCAUUUUUCUAUUUUCUCAGCUCAGACUGUGUUGUUGGUGUCGCUGAAUGUUCCUCAACCUUCCUUGUUUUCUGAAAGUCUGUCUGGCCUUUGUAAAUGGCUCAAAGAUUCAUCAACAGUGGAUGAUGUUCUCAUUACAGAGUGUGCUUGUUUGUCACUGUUACACCUGCCUACACUGGACUGCCUGCCCAACACAAUAACAAAUCUUCAGUUGUUUUCAAACUCUACCAUUUUCCACCUUAUUCCUUUUGGCAAAAAGAUUUAUUGCACACAUGUAUGGCAGUAGUUCAUAGUAAUCCACGACACUACAAUGACUUCAGUUUUCCAGUUGCAAGGAAUCAUGGGAGAUUUUAGUUGCAACAGGUGGCCACAAAUGUCUUAAAAUGUGAAAGCUGUGAUUUUGUGCAAUUUUUGGGCAACUUUGCCCAAAAUAGGACCUCUUGCCCAACAAUUCCCAUAUAUAUUGCUUAAAGCUUAGGACCAUGCUUCAACGGUAGGAAGUAGUAGUGCGUUUGAAGCAGUCGCUGUUAUCGAUAAAACGGGGUGCAAAUAUGGAAAUGACUGACCUGCAGUCCUGCAUGUCUCAUAGGAAAAUUGUGUUGAAGCAAAAAUAAAUUCUCCUUUCAAACUCUGA